UUCAAAGCGUCUUUCCGAAACCUCCUCCCCGCCCAGAGAGGGAGAGAGAUCCCGGGCGCAAUCGCUCCCCUGAGCGGCCGAGGGGCGCGCGGGGAGAGGCCUGCGCCGGGGUACUUUCAAAGUGAGGCGCGCGCACACACUCACACCCACCCAGACACACACACGCACACGCACAGACGCUCCUAUUUAUAUAGGCGGUGGCGGUGGCGGCGGCCGGGCGGCGGCGAGCCCAGGAAUGAUGAUGGAGCUGAGCCAGCCGACCCGGGCUGGAAGCAAGUGAGGAGAGCCCAGGAGCACCCCGGGAUCUCUGGGUCCCGCGUUUGUCAUCCCACCCAGGGAAAGGUAUACCCGGAGGAGGGCCAGGUGGACUAAUUUGCUAGGGGAGGAGGCCAGGUGAGCGGAGGCCCCCUGCGUAUCCCGGCUGACUGAGCCUUUGCCCGACUCCUGGCCCCUGUCCGCCCAGGUGGGCGCGCCCGGUUCUCCGUUCGCGAGCGGCGCUUUGAGGAGACCAGAAAGUCGCCGCCCGGCUGCGCGGGAUGCCUUUCGCCAAGCGGAUCGUGGAGCCGCAGUGGCUGUGCCGGCAGCGGCGCCCGGCGUCCGGCCCGGCGGAGGACGCGAACGGAGGCAGCGCUGAGCCGCCGCCGCCCCUGCAGCCGCCUGUGGCGCCGGGGCCGGAGGAUCCUCCCCGUGCGCCUCCCGGGCCGCCGCCACCGCUGCCCGCGCCCACCGACCAGGCGCAGCCGCCGCCGCACGGAGAGGCGCUCGCGGAGGGCGAGGACAGCGCGGCGGAGGUCGCGGAGGCGGCGUCCGUGGCUGGCGAAGCGUCCUCGGCGGCGGCCGCGGCCGUUCUGCUCAUGCUGGACCUGUGCGCGGUCAGCAACGCCGCGCUGGCCCGCGUCCUCCGGCAGCUCUCGGACGUGGCCCGGCACGCGUGCAGCCUCUUCCAGGAGCUCGAGAACGACAUCCAGCUCACCCACCGCCGCGUCUGGGCGCUGCAGGGCAAGCUCGGCGGCGUGCAGCGCGUCCUCGGCACGCUGGACCCCAAGCAGGAGGCAGUGCCCGUCUCCAACUUGGACAUCGAGAGUAAGCUGAGCGUGUACUACCGCGCCCCGUGGCUGCAGCAGAGAAACAUCUUCCUCCCGGCCACGAGGCCGCCCUGCGUGGAGGAGCUACACCGCCACGCCCGGCAGAGCCUGCAGGCCCUGCGCAGAGAACACCGGAGCCGGAGCGACCGCCGGGAGCAGAGAGCUGCUGUCGCCCUUUCCACAGUGGCCCCUCCACUGCCAGCCUACCCACCAGCUCACAGCCAGAGGAGGCGUGAAGUUAAGGACCACCAUUUUUUAACGUCCCAUCCCCCGGAGGAUGAAGAAACAGAUGUCAUGUUAGGACAGAGGCCAAAAAACCCAGUACACAAUAUCCCCUCAACACUGGACAAGCAGACCAACUGGAGCAAAGCACUACCUCUCCCGACCCCGGAGGAGAAGAUGAAACGAGAUGCCCAAGUGAUUUCUUCUUGUGUUAUUCCCAUCAAUGUCACUGGAGUCGGUUUUGACAGAGAGGCUAGUAUACGCUGCUCUCUUGUUCAUUCACAAUCCGUACUACAGCGGAGGCGAAAACUGAGGAGAAGGAAAACCAUCUCGGGUAUCCCCAGGAGAGUCCAGCAGGAAAUAGAUUCUGAUGAAUCCCCCGUGGCCAGAGAAAGGAAUGUGAUUGUGCACAUAAAUCCAGACCCUUCCAACACUGUCAACAGGAGGUCUGGAACCAGGGAUUCAGAGUGCCAAACUGAGGACAUCCUGAUUGCUGCUCCAUCCAGAAGAAGAAUCAGAGCUCAAAGGGGUCAAAGCAUUGCAGCUUCCCUUUCUCAUUCCGCUGGCAAUAUUUCUGCAUUGGCAGACAAAAGCGACACCAUGUUUUCUACUGCAGUGAGCAGCCGCACAAGAUCUCGGAGCCUUCCCCGGGAGGGCAAUAGAGGUGGAGAUGCUGAGCCCAAAGUUGGUGCUAAGCCCUCAGCAUAUGAAGAGGGGGAGCCUUGUGUGGAAGACGAAGACAGAAUCCCUAAUGAGUGCAGCGAGGCCCCCAGCAGCCCAGGUGCACAGGAACACCAGCCUGCCUUGGGCCUGGCCUGUGCUCAACAUCUUCACAGCCCCCAGCACAAGUUAAAUGAGAGGGGGAGGUCACGUCUGUCCCGAAUGGCAGCCGACUCUGGCAGCUGUGACAUCUCCUCUAACUCAGACACCUUUGGGAGCCCCAUCCACUCCAUCUCCACAGCUGGCGUUCUCCUCAGCAGCCACAUGGACCAGAAAGACGACCACCAGUCAUCCAGUGGCAACUGGAGUGGAAGUAGCUCUACAUGCCCCUCCCAAACCUCAGAGACAAUCCCUCCUGCCGCUUCUCCUCCCCUCACUGGCUCUUCACACUGUGACUCCGAGUUGUCACUAAACACGGCCCCUCAUGCUAAUGAGGAGGCCAGUGCCUUUGUGACAGAGCAGUACAGUGACCCACUGGAUAAACUGAGAGGCCACCGGGCAAACUCCUUUACCUCCACUGUGGCAGACCUGCUGGAUGACCCCAACAACAGCAACACCAGUGACAGUGAGUGGAAUUACCUACACCACCAUCAUGACGCCUCCUGCCGCAAUGAUUUCAGUACUGAGUGCCCCAAGGCAGACAGCCUGGGGUGUGCAAGCUUCACAAGCAUGGCCACUUACGAUAGCUUUCUGGAAAAGUCUCCAUCGGACAAAGCAGACACGAGCUCUCACUUUUCAGUGGACACAGAAGGAUACUAUACCUCCAUGCACUUUGACUGUGGGCUCAAAGGAAGUAAGAGUUAUGUCUGUCACUAUGCAGCCCUGGGCCCAGAGAAUGGCCAGGGUGUUGAGGUUCCUCCUACCCUUCCGGACCAUGCCUGGCAGGACUACUUAGACCAUAGGAGGCAGGGGAGACCAAGCAUCUCUUUCAGGAAACCAAAGGCAAAGCCGACCCCACCUAAACGAAGCUCAUCGUUGAGGAAGUCCGAUGGAAAUGCAGACACUUCCGAGAAGAAAGAACCAAAGACAAGCAGUGGCCAGCUCCUGCCUCAUGGUGCCAGAGAAAUGAAGCUGCCUCUUGAUUUCUCCAAUGCACCUUCUCGAAUGGAAAAUUCUAAUCUUCCCACCAAGCAGGAGCCUUCUUGGAUGGACCAGAGUGAACAUGGAAUUAAGGAACCUCAGUUAGAUGCUUCAGAUAUUCCACCAUUCAAAGAUGAAGGUGCUGAAUCAACUCACUAUGCAGACCUCUGGCUUCUAAAUGACUUGAAAACAAAUGAUCCUUACAGAUCUUUAUCUAAUUCAAGCACUGCUACGGGUACCACAGUUAUUGAAUGCAUCAAAUCUCCGGAGAGCUCUGAAUCCCAAACUUCCCAGUCAGAAUCGAGAGCCACUACCCCAUCCCUUCCUUCUGUUGACAAUGAGUUUAAACUGGCUUCACCAGAAAAGCUGGCUGGCUUGGCAUCUCCAUCAAGUGGCUACUCAAGCCAGUCUGAAACACCAACAUCCUCUUUCCCUACAGCUUUCUUUGCUGGUCCACUGUCUCCUGGAGGUAGCAAAAGAAAACCGAAAGUCCCAGAAAGGAAAUCCUCACUCCAGCAGCCCUCUUUAAAAGAUGGAGCUUUAUCACUGAGUAAAGAUCUUGAACUUCCAAUUAUACCUCCUACUCAUGUUGACCUAAGUGCUCUUCAUAAUGUCUUGAAUAAACCAUUCCACCACCGUCACCCACUGCAUGUUUUUAGUCAUAAUAAGCAGAACACAGUAGGAGAAACACUGAGGUUGAAUCCUGCAUCAUCCCUUGCAAUUACACCGACAGUCCUGAAAUCUGUUAACCUUCGGUCAUUCAGCAAGUCUGAAGAGGUUAAGCAAAAAGAAGGGAACAGUAAGGAUCUCCCCUACUUAGAGGAAAGCACUCUCACAAUGGCUGCCCUGUCCCCAGGUAAGAUUAGGCCACAAGUGGCUAAGAAAUCACUGUCACGUCAGUACUCCACUGAAGACACCAUACUGUCCUUUUUAGAUUCCUCUGCUGUUGAGAUGGGACCAGAUAAACUGCAGUUAGAAAAAUACCGUACUUUUGUUGUGAAGAAUCAUUGUGAUCCAGAAACAGUAAGCUCAGCUGGUAGCAAUCUUCUAGAGUCAAGUGUCACAGUGGACCAAAUAGCUAUGGAGAGCGAACCUAUUCCAGAAAACACAGCAAGUAAGAAUUGGGACUUUCCCACAGAAGAAUCUCAGAGGGUAUCUGCUGCCCACCCAAAUGAUUUGAAUGGUAACAUACUGCAGUAUGGAGCUGGCCCAGAGGGAUCCUUCACACAGGCACAGAAGGCAUCCCCUGGGGAUCGGGAGGAAGUGGCACACCCAGAGUCAGUAGAUGGGCUGGCAUCUCAGUCACACUCACCAGCUAGAGCCACAGACAUAAGCAGUCAACCUAAGCAUCAACCAGGAAUGAGCCGCCACUAUGACAAAGUGCCUGGGAACAUCAGCUACGAAGCAGAGAUAUCAGCUGUAAAUUCAUGCCCUGGAAAACGUUCUGACCAGGAAAAUAUUGCUUCAGGUAUUUCAGCCAAAAGUGCCUCUGAUAACAGCGGAGCAGAGGAGACCCAAGGAAGUAUGGACGAGGUUUCACUGAAAGAAUCGUCACCGAGUGAUGACUCUGUGAUUUCACCACUUAGUGAAGAGUCUCAGGCUGAAGGGGAAGGUGUGUUCGUGUCUCCAAACAAACCUCGAACAACUGAGGAUUUAUUUGCAGUCAUUCACAGGUCCAAGAGGAAAGUGCUUGGAAGAAAAGAUUCUGGGGACAUGUCUGCCCGAAGCAAAUCAAGGGCUUCCCUUGGCAGUGGCAGUGCGGGUUCUGUCUCUUCCCCAAACAGCAGCAUCAACACCCCAAACAGCCAGAGGUCUCCCGGCCUCAUCUACCGAAGUGCCAAAAAGUCCAACACAUCGAAUGAAGAGUUUAAGCUGUUACUCCUCAAGAAAGGCAGUCGCUCAGAUUCCAGUUACCGCAUGUCUGCCACUGAGAUCCUGAGGAGUCCCAUCCUGCCCAAACCACCUGGGGAGCUCACCAUUGAGGCUCCCCAGAGCUCCCAUGACACCAAUCAGGGGGCCCCUGGGGCCGAGGUGUUGUCACCACUUUCUCCGUGCUCCCCACGAGUUAAUGCAGAAGGGAUUUCCUCAAAGAACUUUGCCACCUCAGCAUCAGCAAGGGUGGGUCGUUCCCGGGCCCCCCCUGUGGCCAGCAGCAGCCGCUACAGUGUCCGCUGCAGGCUGUACAAUGCACCCAUGCAGGCCAUCUCUGAGGGCGAGACAGAAAACUCUGACGGAAGCCCACAUGACGACCGAUCCUCCCAGAGCUCAACAUAGGUGGCCGUGCCAGGCUGUCAGAGGCCAAAACCCUUAGUCAUUGGAGGAUGGAGGAACAGAACCGAGGGCUUGGGAGAAGUCGGCACAUCAUGGGGUGCCAUGAUGUGAUGGGGUACCAUCACUGUUUGCCAAUGGACUCCUAAACAUUUGCUGGGGAAACAGGAGGUGGCUUGGCCUUUCUGGAUUCUUUUCCAUGUUUUUAAGUAGCUGCACUGUCUUUCAUAAUUUCCUUUCACUCAGUUUGAUUUACCUAAUCUCAUUCCUUUUGAUAAUAUAAAAUUCAAAAAUGUCUGCUUUUCAAGAAAACUAGCAAAAAGUUUUCUCAGAGCUGCCUAUUCAGAAAACAAAGCCCUCACUGUCAUAAUUCUUAAGAAGAUGAAAUUACUCUGGAGGUUUGGUAUUUUUUUACAGUAUAAUGAACUAAAGCAAAAUUUAGAAGAAAGAACUACACACAUGUAAAUACCAUAUUUUUGAUAAAAAUAUGUAAAUAGAUUUAUCAAUGACAAGUGGACAUGUGGCCAAUUAUCUACCACACACCAACUGUUUAUAGAACACAAAAGUAACAUGUAAUAAUUGUAUUCUGUGAAUACCAUUUUCAUACAAAAUACUGUAUUUAAAUGUCCACCAAUAUGAUUUCUGAGUAAUAAACCUCAAAUACGAAUUUUAAACUAGUGAAAUAAAGGAAAUCUUGAGAUCAUAUAGUGAAAUAUGAUUAAUUUAAAAUAAUGAAUUCAGACCUAACUAUUUUUCUGACAAAUUACAACACCCAACAAGUCAAUAGUAACACAUGGCUAUGAUUUGCCAUGUGGUAUCUUGGACAGAAUGAAAAGCAUGCUUUUGAUUUUUUGUUUAAAUCAAUGAGAGGAAUCAUCAGUCUCAACUCACAGCCCUGAACAACAGCAUUUGACAGUGUCCUUUAGACUCUAAUUUUUUGAAGGAUUGCUUUAAAGAGAAUGAGUAGGGAAAACAGUAGUUAAUUUUAGGUUAUGUUUUAUAUUAGGCUACUGGGGACAUAAGCAGUCAUAAUCUAAUGACUAUAAUCUUUAAACUCAGACAGUUUAGCAAUUAGCUCCAGGUUCUUUAAGGAAAAUAAAACAUAAGCAUGCCACAGAGCUGUUGAUUUAUCAGUAAGUACCUGCAAUGAGUUUUCAGUGAAGCUUUCUCUCUGUGCUGAUGAAAUUCAUGCUACCUAAAAAUUAACAGAAAUGACACUGUGAACAAUGUAGUUGGGAAAUAGGUAUGUGUAUAUGUAUUAUUUAUAUUCACUGUUAAACCGGGAAUGGGGAACACCUUUGGUUCACAAUGCUACAUACAACUGAGUUUUUGUCUGAUUUUACUAUAUCUAUUUGAUGGCAAAAGGGGAGGGCAGUGGGUGGGAAGGGAUAUGUCAGGCCAAGAGCUCUGAUGAAAUGAAGGCAGGGAAACAAGCUGAAUUACUUGAAAUUACUUGAAUUUUCUUGUCUUAAAACUGAGAAAAAAUGUACUUACAAGUUGAAAUCUGCAAAUGGCUUUUACACCUCCGAUUUUAACAUGAACUGAUACUAAUGUUUGAAAUGAUAUGUCAGAAAUAUAAGCAGCUAUAUACUAAGAAUAUGCUUUGAAUGGGAGAACGUAGAAAGUAAAACAGAACUAAGAAGGGAUAGAGCCUAUAAAACAAUAGAAUGUGAUUGGAAUGAUAGAACACACCAGUGUUACCAAGAAAUUGAUAAGCAGCUGGCUUUAAGCUUAUGCAAGUGGUAUUUGGGAAAGUAGGAUGUGUGAAAGCAGGUUUGUGGUUUUGGUUUAAUUCCUCAAUAGGAAGGAGAAAGCCUGGUCUAAGAAGAUGCUAGCUUUCAAUAGGAACAUUUUCUAAGAUGUUACAGAUUGAGAAUUAGAUAAUCUGAUUGCUGUUGGGUUUUGUUUGGAAAGGGAAAAAUAAGUGACUAGCUUCUUCUAUUUGUUUUCACUAUCAAAUUGUGUUCCUUAAUUUCUUGUCAUCCUUGUAUGUAAAAUGGGGUGCUGAGGGUGGAGGGGUAAAGGAGGGAGAAUAUGUGUGUGUGGGUGUGUGGGUGCUUGUGCUGGGAUAGAUAAGCUACCUGGUAAAGGGUACUUUUGAACAUUUACAAAGCAUUAUACUUCUUAUUCAAAGAAAGUUUUUGGAGGUUUGAAAUAAAAGGACCAUCAUUUCUCAUUGGGACCCAUUAGUUAAGAAAAGCAGCAUGGUUUGAUACCACGUGGAAACAUGAAUAACUUUUUCUCAUGCUUUGAGAGGUACACUUGGAAAAAUUUUAAAAGUAAAGUUUUUAGACAAAUGUGAUAAUAAACAGUCAUUUCCAGUCACAAUAAGUGAGCUUUUGUAAUUUUCAUAAAAGCAGUUCGUUUGCAGUAUGGCUUUUGUGUAGUUAGGGGUUUUUUAAGCAUAAAGAAAGGUAGGUGGGCAUUAAAAGUGAUUCUAAAUCUUGAAUAGAAAAUAUGAAUUGGCUUUAAUAAAUGUCACCUUUUUAUUAUUGACAUCAAUUUAAGUAAUGGUACCAUAUAUUUUUUAAAAUACAUAUUGACUUGAAUUGUGAGGCAAUAAGAUACCUUCUAUAUGUAAUGAUCACAGAACUAACCCUUAUAAUAUAGUUUUACUUAUUUUGUUUACUCUAAAAAUCUAUAGCAGAGUUUCUCUAUUUUAUAUUUCAUAGAUUUUAAAAAACCCAAAUAAGGAUGAAUUUUAAAUUCACUGUGAAAGAAUAUUGAGUAACAAAACUGAGUUUGAAAAAGCAAGAAAUUCCUUAGUAAUCUGGAAUAUUCUACAUGGCUUUGUUACAUGUCAUAUAAGACCAAGAUUUAGAGGACUGUGUUCAACAUCACUGCCGUCUUAAAGCAGGGUACACACAUUAGGUAUUGCGAAGAACAGCAAUCCAAACUUUUCUUCUGUUGUUUGCACUGAUGCUAUUUUUUUGUUCUUUUGUGUUUAUAUAACAUGUCUAUGUUGUGUGGGGAAAAUUUUUUUUCCUUACCUUUUAAAUUUUUUUUUUUUGGCUAAGUAGAGGACAUGGACUAGUUGUAGCAAACACAUUGUUUGCUCUUGCCAAAGGUCAGUGAGUGAGUGCAUUCAUUUGCUGCAGUGAUAGCAGACUUAGAGAACUAGAUCAUGACAAAGAUUUAAAACUACAAAGAAGGUUACCGUAUAACUAUUUUGGUACUAGAACCAGUUCAUGCUGGCCAAAAAGACAAUGGUUUAUGGACUUGCAUCCAUUUUGUAUUUUUGUAAUAUUUGUAAAUAUGAACUUUUUAAAUUGUUGCAGAAAUGGUUUCUUUUGUAAGAUGUUUUCAACGUUUACAUUCAAUUCAAGCCUUUGUAUAUUUUAGAGCUGUGCAACACUUUGUCUUGUAUUUAUUUUUAGUAAAAAUGGUGACAGUUUCAUUGUGAACCCCUCUUCAAAAAAUGUACCUGAAAAGUUUGAUUACCUAGAAAGUGUGUAUAGAAACUGCAAAUAAACGUGACUGCAAUUAAAC